ACACCUACCACCUAACGUUCCAAUCCCAAGCCCAACUACCAGUACUAGGUCUUCUUCUUCCCUCUCUUUGCCCGAUAAGAUUAUAAGAACCUCCAAAAUCCAAUUUUCUUUCACUUUUGUUUCCUCAAAUCCUCAGAAAUCGGAGUUCCUUGAUCACUAUAAUUUGCGCGAGUAUCAUUUAUUUUGACAGAUUGCAGAGUCUACUCUAUGGAGGCCGUUCGGUUCAAUCUCCUAGCAUCCGUCCUUCUUUCGCUGAGUCUCCUUGUAUCUUUGACUCUGGCAACGGACGUCAAGUACUGUGAUAAGAAUGUUGACUAUGAUGUUAAAGUCAAAGGAGUUGAGAUAAUCCCGGAUCCUGUUGCUAGAGGCAAGCCAGCUACCUUCAGCAUAUCUGCCUCUACAGGGAAAGAAAUUGCUGGAGGAAAAAUGGUGAUCGACGUCUCAUAUUUUGGAUGGCACAUCCACAGUGAGACCCAUGACCUUUGCGGAGAGACAUCUUGCCCUGUUUCGACUGGCAGUUUUGUGGUUUCUCACUCACAAGAGCUACCUGGAUUCACUCCACCAGGCUCAUACUCGCUUAAAAUGAAGAUGUAUGAUGCAAACAAGAAUGAGUUGACUUGCAUUGGUUUCGAUUUCUACAUUGGCUUUGCCUCAUCUGUGGCUGAUAGCUAAGCGCGUUCAAGAAUUAAUUAUACACUCAACGUCUCCAUAAGCAGCGUAUGACUAGCAUGUAAAAAGGAAUUUCGCCACAGUUGGUUCUUUCCCUGUACUGUCUACUUUUGCUAUUAACAUCUUAUAUAUAAUUAUGACCAUAUCUACUACUCGGAAGGCUAUGAGAAGUUAAUCCUGCAGAGGAAUUAUGACAUAUUCUGCUGUUUUAUGCA